AUGGUACGUGGGAGCACUGAGGAUAACAUGACGAGGGACCAAACUUCAUUUUAUGGCAGAUUCAGGCACUUCUUGGACAUCAUUGAUCCGCGCACUCUCUUCGUUACUGAGAGUCGUCUGAAGGAAGCUGUGCAGUUGUUGGAGGAUUACAAGCAUGGGACUUUGCCCCCAGGAGUCACCAACAAAGAGCUGUGGGAAGCUCAAAAAAUAAAACAGGCCAUCAUCCAUCCUGAUACAAAUGAGACCAUCUUCAUGCCUUUCCGAAUGUCAGGUUACAUUCCCUUUGGAACACCCAUCGUUGUUGGUCUUCUCUUGCCCAACCAGACGCUGGCAUCCACUGUGUUUUGGCAGUGGUUGAAUCAGAGCCACAAUGCCUGCGUCAACUAUGCAAACCGCAAUGCGACAAAGCCUUCUCCGACAUCCAAGUUCAUCCAGGGCUACUUGGGAGCUGUCAUAAGUGCUGUCUCAAUAGCAGUGGGCCUUAACGUUCUGGUUCAGAGAGCAAACAAGUUUACCCCAGCCACUCGUCUCUUGAUCCAGAGGUUUGUGCCAUUCCCUGCAGUCGCUAGUGCCAAUAUCUGCAAUGUUGUCCUGAUGAGGCACACAGAGCUGGAAGAAGGAAUUGAUGUUUUGGACAAUAACGGAAACAUUGUUGGGUCUUCCAGAAUUGCUGCAAAACACGCACUACUAGAAACGGCCCUGACUAGAGUGGUCCUGCCAAUGCCUAUACUGGUUCUACCUCCAAUUAUUAUGUCCAUACUGGAAAAAACAUCACUCCUGAGGUCGCGUCCCCGGAUGAUUCUCCCGGUCCAAAGCCUUGUGUGCCUCGCUGCCUUUGGCCUGGCCCUCCCCUUGGCCAUCAGUCUCUUCCCGCAGAUGUCCGAGAUUGAGACAUCUCGGCUGGAGCCAGAAAUCGCAAUGGCCACCACCAGUAAGACUGUAGUCUACAAUAAAGGAUUGUAAGUGGAAGAGGACCAUCUCAGCCCAGAAGAUCUGGGGA